AUGCCUCACGUUAGCUCAUCUCAUCCUGGUAAAUGUUCCUUGGUUGUGAAUUCUCCACCUGCGACCGAAUUCAAUCACAUUCGCUAUGCUUCCGAAGUCAUAUUCUUCUCCGUUCAAAUUCAACACGGUAAUUCUUCGGUAUCAUAUUAUUCUUCCGCAAGAAAGAGAGACGCUCCCAAAGAAAAUUCAGCUUUGGCCAAAUACUCUGCUUUAGAGACCCGUCCAAGUUCCAACUUCCUCCCUCAAAAUGAGGAAUUCCUUAAAACGGCUAGGCUUAAGAGGGGUUCGACCCCAAGCUGGUCGCUCUUGCUGAAGGGAACGACAGGCGUUUCGGCACAACAGAUUUCGGUUGUAGGCGAAAAAUAUGCCCUUAUUAUCGACAAGGUUGAGCACAACCCACUCAUGAUCAAUGGUCGCCCGGCCUGGGCGGCGUUGUACAACUUGGAGACCGAUGAAGUCACGCCACUCAGCUUGAAGUCCAACUCAUUUUGUGCUGGUGGGAGCUACUUAAGCAACGGCACUUUGCUCAACAUAGGGGGCGACACGCCUGAAUACGAAAAAGCCGAAUUUGGAGAUACCAAUGGUCUCCAGUCCAUUCGGUUCUACACGCCUUGCGACGAUGGCAAAUGUGCCAUCAACGAAUACGACAAUAUCAAACUAACCACUGCACGUUGGUAUCCUACCUCAGCUCGUCUCCCAGAUGGCAGUGUCAUAAUUGUUGGCGGGAGUACAGAGGGUGCCUUCAGGAAUAGUGUCACAAUUAACAAUCCGACGAUUGAAUAUUAUCCACCCAAAAGCUUUGCAUUCAGUUCAAAAUCUGAAAUCUAUUCGCCUUUUCUAAACCGAAGCUUGGUAACCAAUUUGUUCCCUAUCGUCAUUGUACUUCCGAUACCCGAGACGAUUUUCAUUGCAGCCAACAAUGAUGCGAUGCUCUACAACUGGAAAACCAACACGGAAAGUCCACUUCCGCCAUUUCCUAACGGAGUUCGAGUUACAUAUCCGUUCACGGGCUCAGGCCUCCUCUUACCCCUAUCUCCUCUGAAUGGCUACACACCCGAGGUUUUAGUUUGCGGCGGAACAAACUUAGAUGACCGUCUACCGGUUACUGCUCUAAAGGUAUCUGAUCCGGCGAGUGCUCAAUGUGCUAGGAUGGUGCUUACCACUUCUGGGAUAAGAGAAGGAUGGAAGGUAGAGCAGAUGCCCAGCCCAAGAAUUAUGCCUGACUUAAUCAUGAUGCCAGAUGGAAAGGUUUUGAUUGUCAAUGGUGCCAAGACUGGGGUUUCUGGUUACGGCGAUUUGGACGAUAAGGUCGGGGAUUCCAACGCUGACAAUCCAAAUUUUACACCCGUGCUAUACGAUCCUACUGCGACGAUAGGACAGCGAUUUAACUCACAAGGGAUGCCGACUUCAAAUAUCCCUCGACUUUAUCAUUCAGUGGCUACGUUAGUUCCUAGUGGGGAAAUAAUGAUUGCCGGAAGCAAUCCAAACCAAGAUGUUACAACCCAGAAGUAUCCAACUGAAUACAGAGUCGAAUGGCUGCUUCCCCCGUAUCUAAAUACUCCAUCUCGGCCAGUCAUUUCCGAAUUUCCACGCAUCGCAAACUAUAACGAGCAUAUUACUUUGAAACUUGGUGGAACUGGGCUGGACUUCUCCAAGCAAUGUAUUGAAGCUGUCUUGCUAGAUCUGGGAUUUGGUGAUUAA